AUGUCUUGUUCAAAAAUAUUUUCAGGAGAUUUACCAGAAUUAAUAUCUGAAAUCAUAAAAUAUUUUCAUAAUGAUUUUUCAACUUUAUAUUCAUGUAUUUUAGUUAACAGAUUAUGGUGUCGUUUAGCGAUACCAUUAUUAUGGGAAGAUCCAUUUUCAAUUCCUACCAAAAAUUUUAAUUUUAUUAUAAUCUAUUUACAUAAUUUAAAUGAUAAUGAUUUAAAAACAAAAUUAAAUGAAUAUGAGAUUAAAAAUUAUUUAUUUAAUUCAAAUACAUUAUUUAAUUAUCCAAAUUUUAUUAAAAGUUUAAAUACAUGGAAAAUUAUUUCAUCUAUUGAAAAAUGGGUUUCUUCUACAAUUUUUAGAACUUUAACUACUGAAAAAAGACUUUUAAAUUUUUUUUUACAAGAUUCAAUUUCACGUUCAGAAUUUGAAUUUAAAAGAUUAAUUAAUAGAUCAUUAUUUAAAUUAUUUAUUGAAAAUGAAGUAAAAUUAAAUACUUUUGAUAUUGAAAUUAUUUCAUAUAUUUAUCAUGAUUAUUUUAAUGAUAUUCUUGAAUUAAUUUUACAAAAUCCAAAUUUUAUUAAUAAUAUUAAAUAUUUAAAAUUAUAUGUUGGUGAUACCCCAUUUUAUUAUCCAUUUCGUGAUAAUAAUGAAAAUACUUUAACUAUAAAAUCUUUAUCACAAAUUAUUAAUUCACAAAAAAAUCUUAAGAAAAUCUUAUUUAGUUAUAAUAGUCUUCCUUUAUAUCAAACAAUAUUAAAUUCAAAUUGUUCUAAUACAUUAAAUACAAUCAUAUUUUAUUAUGUUAAUUUUAAAAGUAUGAUUAAUUUAAAUAAAGUAUUUGAACAAUUAAAUGUUUUAGAAUCUGUUCAUAUUAUUUAUUGUUAUUCUUUAAAUACUCAUUUUAUUCAACAAAUUAUUAAUUUAACAAAACCACUUAAAUUAAAAUCUUUAUUUAUAAAUGAAAUGUCACAUGUUGAUCCAUUACAAUCAUUAUUACAAAAAUCUGGUGAUUAUUUAGAAAAUUUUGGUUUUGGUUUUGGUUAUGAUUUAUUAUUUAAACGUCAAUUAUUUAUAUUAAUUAUGGAAUAUUGUAAAAAUAUUUCAUUUUUUGAUUUAUAUGGAUUUGAAGAUCAAAUUAUUUAUCUUUCUUUUGAUUUAAUUGAAGAUAUAAAACAAAAUCUUAAUUAUCUUUCUAUUAACGUAUGUGAAAAUUUAUUAUUAAGUGAUGGUAUUAAACGUAGUUCAAUAAUAUUAAAAAAUUUAGGUCAAACUUUACCUUUUAAAUUAGAAUAUUUAAAUUUGACUCUUAAUAUUAACGUAAGUGAUUUUGAAAUUUUCUUAAAAAAUUCUCAAAAUACUUUUAUUAAAAAAUUAUUAAUUAAUAAUAAAAUGAGAGAAGAUAGUGAAGAUAUUUUACCUUUUAUAAAGGAAUAUAUUAUGAAAAAGAGGAGGGUUAAAUAUUUGGCUAUUAUGGAUACUUUUUUUGAAAAUUCUUCAGAAGUUAUCUUUAAAAGUAAAGAUUUAUUUUCAUUGAAAGAUGAAGUGAAAGAAUUUAAAUUAUAUAAUAUUAAAAUUCAAUAUUAUUAUGAUUUAUUUAUUAAAGUUUAUGAAUUUAUUAAAGAAAUGGAUUAA